CUUUGUAUCCGGCCGCGGCGGCCCUGGGCUCCCGGGCCUCAGCGGGGAGCACGGCCCCCGCGUCCGCCCGACCCUCAAGGCCGGCACGUGCUGCUCCCGCCCGCCCGGCCCGCCGAGGGGGCGGAGGCCCAGCUUUUCUCCUCACCCGCUCCGGGCCAGGAGGAGGAGGAGCAGCAGCAGAAAGAGGCGACAGCUGCCCGACUGAGAGCGCGCGGCGGAGCGUGGCUGCGGCGUCCGGCGACUCUCGGCAGUGGCGGCGGCACUGCCGCCCGGGAUGUUCCCGGGCACUUCCUGACUGGCUGGCAGCGCUCACACCGCCCAACUCGCACGCCCCCGGCCCCCAGUCUCGCUGGCUGGCUGGCUGGCUGGCUGGCUCUCGCGGGCCCGCUCUGCCUCGGCCGCGCCGCGGUGGAGGCGAGCUACCGGAACGCGGCCCGGGAUGAGCUGACUGCGGGAAAAUACGCCGCCGACGGGCCCGGAGAGGCAGUGAGGACCCGCUUUUCUCUGAAUCGCCGCCCUGCCCUUGAAUUUGAGAUCAUGUCCAUUCACAUCGUGGCGCUGGGGAACGAGGGGGACGCCUUUCAUCAGGACAAUCGGCCGUCGGGGCUCAUCCGCACUUACCUGGGGAGAAGCCCGCUGGUCUCAGGGGACGAAAGCAGCUUAUUGCUGAACGCGACCAAUACGGUCGCACGUCCUGUGUUCACCGAGUAUCAGGCCAGCGCGUUUGGAAAUGUCAAGCUAGUGGUCCACGACUGUCCCGUUUGGGACAUCUUUGACAGUGAUUGGUACACCUCUCGAAAUCUAAUUGGAGGUGCUGACAUCAUCGUGAUCAAAUACAAUGUAAAUGACAAGUUUUCAUUCCACGAAGUGAAGGAUAAUUAUAUUCCAGUGAUAAAAAGAGCAUUAAAUUCAGUUCCAGUAAUCAUUGCUGCUGUUGGUACCAGACAAAAUGAAGAAUUACCUUGUACGUGCCCACUGUGUACCUCAGACAGAGGGAGCUGUGUCAGUACAACCGAAGGGAUCCAGCUUGCUAAAGAACUAGGAGCAACUUAUCUGGAACUGCAUAGCCUUGAUGACUUCUACAUAGGAAAAUAUUUUGGAGGAGUGUUGGAGUAUUUUAUGAUUCAAGCCUUAAAUCAGAAGACAAGUGACAAAAUGAAGAAAAGGAAAAUGAGCAACUCGUUUCAUGGAAUUAGACCACCUCAGCUUGAACAACCAGAAAAAAUGCCUGUCUUGAAAGCUGAAGCAUCACAUUAUAACGCCGAUUUAAAUAACUUGCUCUUCUGCUGCCAGUGUGUGGAUGUGGUAUUUUACAGCCCAGAUUUGAAGGACGUGGCCGAGGCCCACAAGAUCGUUCUCUGCGCCGUCAGCCAUGUCUUCAUGCUGCUCUUCAAUGUGAAGAGUCCUGCUGACAUUCAGGAUUCCAGUAUCAUCCGAACUACCCAGGAUCUCUUUGCUAUAAACAGAGAUCCUGCGUUUCCAGGUGCUAGCCAGGAGUCUCCAGGCAACCCACCCUUACGAGUCAUUGUUAAAGAUGCCGUCUUCUGUUCUUGUUUAUCGGACAUUCUGCGCUUCAUCUAUUCAGGUGCCUUCCAGUGGGAAGAAUUAGAAGACGAUAUCAGAAAGAAGUUGAAAGAUUCAGGGGAUGUUUCAAAUGUAAUUGAGAAGGUUAAAUGCAUUUUAAAAACACCAGGAAAGUUUAAUUGCCUGAGGAACUGCAAAACCUAUCAAGCCAGAAAACCUCUGUGGUUUUAUAACACUUCCCUCAAGUUUUUCCUUAAUAAACCGAUGCUUGCUGAUGUUGUCUUUGAAAUACAAGGUAUGACAGUACCAGCCCACCGGGCCAUCCUGGUGGCCCGUUGUGAAGUGAUGGCCGCCAUGUUUAAUGGGAACUACAUGGAAGCAAAGAGCGUUCUGAUUCCAGUCUAUGGUGUUUCCAAAGAGACUUUCUUGUCAUUCUUAGAAUACCUGUACACAGACUCCUGUUGCCCAGCUGGCAUUUUCCAGGCAAUGUGUCUCCUGAUCUGUGCAGAGAUGUACCAAGUAUCCAGACUGCAGCACAUCUGUGAGCUGUUCAUCAUUACACAGCUGCAAAGCAUGCCAAGCAGGGAACUGGCAUCGAUGAACCUUGAUAUAGUUGAUCUGCUCAAAAAAGCCAAGUUUCACCAUUCUGAUUGCCUCUCCACCUGGCUGCUUCAUUUCAUCGCCACUAACUACCUCAUCUUCAGUCAAAAGCCUGAAUUUCAGGAUCUUUCAGUGGAAGAACGCAGUUUUGUUGAAAAGCACAGAUGGCCAUCGAAUAUGUACUUGAAGCAGCUUGCCGAAUACAGGAAGUAUAUACACUCCCGGAAAUGUCGUUGCUUAGUAAUGUAACCUGGAAAUUUCGUAUGCAUACACUUUUUCCUCUUACUAUGAAGAAUCGGAUACUUCUGGGUUCCAGUAAAAUCUUGUGGCAGAAACCAAUGUGGGAGUUAAAACAAAAUAUCACGUAGAGCUUCAUGUGUUCAUUAAUUCUCUUUGAAAAAGCUACUGUUAUGAUCUUAAAAGGGAACAGAGUAUAUACUGUAGGCUAAAAUUAAGACCAUCUUAGUGUAUAAAGCUGUUGUACAGCUGUUUUUUCCCUUGAAGAUGCCCUGUUGCUUUAGUGAUAUUAAUACCCCUCCCAGUUAAGAAAUAUUUAAUUUAAAGAAAUCAAGUGGAAUUAAUACAGAAAUUUCAUCAUGUUUGAUUAACUGCUCGAUUAAAAUAAGGGCCAAUUGAAGACCCAGUGUGACUAUUUCUAUCAUAAAAAAUCUAGGAGAAGACUGAUCAAGCUGAGAUUUUAGAAAUAUAAGUCUGCCUGGGAUUUUGAAAGUGAAAUGGCCACUUCGUUGUAAUCAGUGACAGUGUUUGAACCAUCAUGAAAAAAAAAAAAUCUAGCUUUUAUAUGGGCAACUGGACUGAGCCACCUUGUCGAUCCUCUGGAAUUCUGAUUAGGCAAGAAAUCUAUAUAGGGCUGGGUUUAUGGCCAUGUAACCUGUGUGGUCACACAGGCCCCUUGCUCAGAAGGGCCCCAUGCUUGGUUCAGUGCUUUGCGAGCUUAAAAUUCUUAAUAAUAUUUGAAGAGGGGCCCUGCAUUUUCACUUUGUACUGGGCACCCCUGCCAGUUAAGUAUAUCUCCUAGCAGGGUAUGUUUUCUUGUGCAAGCAAAUGUUAUUCUGUGUGAAAGCAGAAAGGAGGUGCUGACAGUAAGCAAAGAGAAGAAGGCUUGCUGAAGGAAGAGAUACAGACUUUCCCAUCCUUGGUGAAGUCUGUGCUUCCCAGGGCCUCCCUCCUCUGCCACCCUGACUGGCAAGUGACAAGUGCGUCCUGUUGGCUUAGCUGUAAAACGCUCAUAGUUCUGGCUUUAUCACAGGUGAAUAGUUUCUUGAUCAUUCUCUAAGACUAGGAUAUUGGCAAAAGUGACUCACCAGUGUGACUUUGAUAUUCAUUUACAUAAUCGCUCCUAGGAAAAGAGGCUUCCUGGAGAAUUUGCAUUCAGAGGCCUAAGAGUUUUGUUUUUUGUUUUUUUUUCUUUUAAUGUGUUUAGUAAGAUUAAGAUGCUAGUGGCUUGAAUUGUGUGAAUUCUUUCUGAGGACCGAAAGGUUGUUUGAUGAGGAAUAGCAUGAGUCUUGUCCUUCAAGAUAAUGUAGUAAGUUAAAAGAAAGGAUAUAAAUCCAGACUUCGUACAUGUAGAAAAAAUGUAGGCACUAGGAUAGAAGACAGAUCGUUUCUCCUGUAUCAUAUGCCAACAGAAGUAAUUAUAUCAGAAGCUCACAAGCUGAGAGAUGAAAAACUAGAUUACCAUGUAUUGUUAGUAUCAUUUUCACCUGUAAUUAAUACAUUGGGAUAUGUUUUUCUUUUAAUUUCCAAUGACUUUAGAAUACACAUAAUUUUUCUAGGUGUUCAAUAGUUUGAUUAAGCAGUUUUAUACCAUAGUAUAAACAUAAUACUCUACACUUAGUCCUUGAAUGUAACCAGCACCAUCAGAGUAAAACAGUAAAAAUCCUCUACAAAUAUCAUCCAAGAAACCUGAUUUCAAUUGGAUUGUACUGAUGGAGAUUACUGGAAUGCCUUUUAUGAUUUUUGUAUUUUACUCAGUUGAGUUAAUCAACUAUUGGCAGAUCCCAUUCGACAAGGAUUAGCAUUGGAAAAAAUAAAUACUGCAGUAGAUUUCAAGAAAUUCAUUUAUGUUUUAGACCUUUUAAAAUACGGUGAUAGUCUUGUGCUUUUCACAAGGAUAUUCUUACACCCACAUUAUUUACAGCACUUAAUAUUCUAAGUCAGUUACUUGUAACCUAGAAAAUUGAAAAAUAAAAGUUCUAAAGCAAAAUAUUUUCUUGAAAAUAGUAUUUAACAUUUCAGUAGACCAUAGAUAGUCUUUGGGUUCUUGGUCCCAAGUGGAAGUUGGGUUUGGGAGCUGGUGCUCUGUGGUAUGGAGCAUGUAGUUUUUAUUAUGAAGGCGAGUGCCUCAAACACACGGGUAUCACAGCUCUCCUGGGCUAGUCAAUGCAGUAAUCAAAUUAGUUUUUAAACCUAGAUUCUUCAAUACCGUUGAAUUAACUUAGUUUAAAGUUAACAAGGACAUUUUUUUAAAACCUUAAACACUAUCUUGGAGAAAUGAGUGUUCUUUUUGAGUUUUUCUAACUGAAAAAUUAUUUCUAGAUGAAUGUAUGCUUUGUGCUGAUCUCUGCUUCAGUAUAUUUACCACUCAUUUUAAUUAGAGUAAUUACUGUAUGGUAGAACUAAGGCCCUUUCUUUCUGGGCCAGGUUUUCACCUUAUAUAACCCUUUGUAGACUUCUGACUACUCUGUGUUUAUACUGUAGGAGAGUAGGCUUAUAAUCUAGACGGUUCAGUAACAUAGCUGAAACUCACCCUGUCUAAGCCAACAUAAUGGCUUCAUAUUGGGCAGAAGAAGAAAAACUGAAUUAGGUAAAUUUGACUUCCCAGACAGCUGAACUUUUCAACUGUAAUUCAAAAACUACACUACACUGAUAUAGUUAUUUAGACACAAAAAUGUCCUCAAGAGUAUUUUAUUUAAUUUAAAGCAUCUGUUGAAUUCAAUCUUUAAUAAUUUUGCAAAGAUGGGUCUGUGUGUAUUUUAAUAUAGCCUGACCUGAAUUUAUAUGUUUUUAGUUUAGUAUUUAACAUUUUUGUAACAAAUAAACCUUUUUUU